ACACACACCUUCAAUCCCCGCCUUUUUCCCUGGUCUUUGUGCUGGAGUGAGGACGUCAUCCAAGUCAGACGUGACAGCUGCCCGCUUCCUCGACACUUCCUCUUCCGCCAUGCUUGUCUCCUGACCUUCCUCAUUGUGCACCUCCACCUCUAUCACCUCAUUCCCCUUCUCACUACUUGGCCAAGCCGACAUUACAUUCCUUUCUUCAGACCCGCAUGCUUCCCCUCGUCCCUGUACCUGGUCUCCCGUCGUUACCUCUGUCAAGGCUUCCUCCGAUUUACGGAACAUCUCCUGCAAAACUGUCUCAAGCACUACGUCAAUUUCUACGUCAUUCGCCUAGUGAAGAUGGAGAGGUGCGUGGUGAUGCUGGUGAUCGGUCUGUGGUGCUGCUCCUUCGCUGCUCUUCACGAAAACCACAAACAACCUGAAGCAGGAAAAUCUCGUCAAAUGUUACUGACUAGUGAAGACAACGGCUUUAUGAUUGCUACCUUAUUUAUUGCUUAUUUGUGGAGAAAUUUAGUAUACUUGGGCGUAACUAAACUGACUUCUAAUAUAGAUUUCGGCAGCGAAGAGGCCCCAGAGUGGAUAAGGAAAGAAUAUGGGGUAUUGAGGAACUUUAGCACCCAUUACUUGAACAUAAUCAAUGGCAGAGAAGUUAUUUUAACAAACACGUCUCCAUUCAUACCAAAAUCUCCUAGAUAUGAAGAGGUUGGUGAUCCUUCUGAAGGAAAACUCUUCACCUUAAUAAGAGAAGCUAAGGAAAUAAAUGAACUUGUAAACACAACCCAUAUAAAUAUUAAAAAAAUUGUAGAGUCCUACACGAGGUUUACGGACGUCCUUUUAAACAGGACUCGACUACGUAAGUUGGUGUCUGUUGUUUCUACUACAGACUACAACAUGGUAGGAUUAGUUGAUUGGGCAAUGGAUAAAGUUUUUUACGAAAUGAGUGGUCUCUUAAAGGUCGUUAAGAAGAGAUAUUCCAGCGGAAAACCAAUAGGCUCAAAAUCCGAUCUAGUUAAUGCUAUGGACAAAGUAUUUGGAGUAUGUUCAAAGAUUUAUAAUAAUAAACUUGCACUAGGAGACUAUUUCCAGGCUGGCAUUACUUGGCCAAAUCCCAACAUUUUCACUGGUUCUGCAAGCCUAUUAAAAGGCGCACUUGAUUAUUAUAAAAUAAAAAUUAAUUUUAAACCAUAUAAUGAUCUUCCAAUCACUGUGAAAUUCCCAGAGUUUAAUGCUAUAACUGGAGUAGUUUACCCACCUGACGAAAUUGAAAUAUCGGUGAAUGCAUCUGUCGAGUCUGAAGUGGCCCAGUUUAGCCACUGGGAUCUUGGUAAAGCUUUAGGUAAAUACGAAAUGGAGAAAGUCUUGGAAUUGCUGACUUUCUUAACUCAAGCAAAGUCUCUUGAAGCCUAUUAUCAGGUUCAGUCACGUUUGAAGAUAUUAGUUGAUAUUUAUCACAAGAUUAGCUCAAAACCGGUUGAAGUGUCUAACUUCACUCUUGACUUCACUACACUAAAACUUAUAGCGGCGCAUAAAGGAGAGGGAGACUUCGGACUUCCUGAAGACCUGGCUUUUAUCAUCAAAAACUUACCCUGGAAGAAAUCCAGGGGUAAAAGAGGUGCUAGUUCCUAUGGAACUUUCCCAGAAUACAGAACCCAGGGCGGGUUCUGGGAUACACUUUCUUCAUUUUUCGGCUACAGCAGCGAACUUUCUGAAGACUCCGCUACUACCUCUGACGGCGUCCACGGAGAAGACGGGUUGAAUGACACUUCAACGCAUUCUGAAGAGUGCGUUCCUGAUGAAGGUGCUCUUUGCAACCAUCGGGAAGAGAGAGAUAAGCCUUUGGUUCCUCGUUACCAGGGAUCUUCACCGAGAAUUGUCAACCCCAAGGACGACUAUAUUCCCAGUGUGUACGUGGAUCUUUCUGAAGAAUCCAACUCUACCCAGACACAAGCUGAGGAGUUAGAUGCCUUGGAACACGUUGGAGUUUCUAUUCUGAACGCUUCCUCCUGGAAGGAAGUGGAAGUAGCUCUUGAACUUCCUGAAAAUUUCACCCACAUUCACGAAGAUCUCUUGACCAAGCUGGAGGGAAAGUUGAAAUAUUCUAGGGCUGUGAAGUGCGUCACUGGAGUGAUGUGCAGAGACUGUGCAGAAUACGUAACCUUCCAGACUGGUGAAGAAGUCUGCUGUUACAGCUGUUUUAUGGCGCCUCACAUCAUCGACACAGACACGGGACGUCUGUGCUUCUGCCACUUUGCAGCACCGAACGAUGUUAAGUCUGAAUAAGUGACUGAUUAUCCAAAACCCUUGUCUGUUGAUUUAAUACAAAUUUAAAAUUUCA